AUGUUGAGGAGCGUUUGCUUGGGUCCCAGCAUUUUGAAGGCAUACAAUAGCAGGGUUGCUGUCGACUAUUUGGCUACUGCCGUAGGAAAUAUUGACAUUUCAUCAGGCGCUAAAGAAUACGCAUUGGAUAGAAAUGUACCUGGUGCAGUAAUGAGUUACCAUGGUUCAGAAACGUUAAGUUUACAAGGAAGGUUGCAUACGCUAGAAAGGGCGAACCCAAUACCUUUCGCGAAGAUUGACUCGCAAUUGUGCGCCGGUACCGAUCAGCUGAGAAAGGUACAUAUAUUUCACCGACAUUUGAAGGGGGGUCAACAUGUAGCUUUUUUGAUGGAAAUUAUUAGGGGGAACUCUUUGAAAGAGGAGCAUGUUGGGGAAUUGUUGAAAAAUGGUGAGGUCACAAAGUCCGAAUUUGCAACUUUCGUCAACAAAAUUCUCUUAGAAAAAGACUUGAAAGCGCAAUUAUCGAAUGACAUUCCAGAUGCUGUGCAUACAGAAAUACUAAUGACUCUUUUCCAAGUAUAUUGCAAGACCAUAGUGGGUGAUACACAGGAAAGACUAACAUCACUGCAAACGCACGAUAUCAAUUUAUUUGUCAAGCGAUUUAUCGAUGAGGGACAAUUGGGUAAAGCACAGAUAUGCUUACAAUACAUAAUGGACAAACAGGGCCUAGAGUUUGUUUUGGAAAAGAGAGAUGUGGGCACGAUAAGACACUUUUUGCAAUUGAGAUGUGGCGCACUGCCAAAGUAUUGGAAGCGAAGACUGAAAGCUUCAAAUACUAGAAUAAGCAAGCGCAAACGUCUAGGUGAUAAUAGCGUAUCGUGUAAUCUUUCAAACUCCUAUAAACCUUUGGAUGAAAAGUCUUUGUUGAAGAUCAUGGAAUUUCUAUUAGGCGAGACCUCGUCUCAAGGGAAAUAUUCAAGCUCCCUAGAUGCCACAAUAGUGUAUUCUUUAGGUUACUUGGGUCAAAUGCAACUAAUUGAUAAAUUUUUAAAGAAAAAAUGGCUAGUACCGACAUCAGAAGCGGUUAGUGACGAAACUGCCAAGCCAGAAUUACUAAUAGCUGCAUUAUCCGCAUAUUGCAUUCAAAAUGGGAAUAUGGCUAAAGGAUUGGAAAUUUUAGAUCAGUUCGUUAACAAGUUCCCCAAUACUCAUCUAGAUAAUGUCUUCUGGAGACGCUUGAUUCAACUGAGCAUUUGCAUUGGAGAUCCUAAUGAGAAUAAGAAAGGUGAAAUCAGUUACGCGUGUUGGAACAUUAUGAAACAAUGGCAUCAAGGGAGAAAUAUAAGUAUUCCAUACGACCAGGGUAUUUUACUACAAAUGUAUGACUUAUUCAAGUCAACAAAAAACGGAAAAACUGCUCUCGAUGUUAUUUCAACUUGCUUCCAAUCGUUUUAUUUGAGUCCUGAGCAUUUGCUUGUGCCUAACGAGGUAGGAUUAUUAAAUAAAUAUCAAAAGCUUUGCAUAAGAACAAUGGCUCUUAAAGGUAACUAUCAUAAGCCUUUAAAAUUCAUCAAAGAAUGGAGUAUAAACGAAGGUAAUAGGAAAGAGUUAUAUGAUUACUUCAUUACUCACAGAAAGAAAUAUGACCUACGGCAGGACAGAAUCAGGUUGCACAAGAAGCUUUUACAAAAAAGAUAUGACGAUAUGGAGGAGGAGGACAUGCUACUGGGAGGAUUGUGGUAA